AACUCGGAUAGCGAAUCCUGUGGAUUUUCUUCAUAUAAAUUGCCAAAGCUUCAAAAUUUCUACUCCGCUUAAGCUCAUGCAGCGCCACUCAUCACCGUAACCGAAAAUCGUAAGCUUUUGGCUCUUUGAGAUCUUGCUGGUUGAUCUUAGAUUCAAUUUCCAUGGCGUAAAUCUGUUCAUCGAUUGUAGAACAAAUCCGGGGAAGCCAUUUCUUCACUUUUACCUUUAUUACUUUAUUGUGCCUGUGCAAUUUGCCCCAAAGGCGGUCUAAGCUUAAGUGGUUAAGCUUAAGCUUAACAGAAUCAGUUGGAAUGCCUUGAAUAGCGUUACAAACUACGGCGCUGUUCGGUCAGCGAGCCGGGGUCCCGUGCUCCUUAUUUACGAUUUUGACUCUAACAUUUAGAGGGCGUAUCUCGUUGCUUGGGCGCUCAGUACAUGAGAUCUUGAAGAAACGAAAUGAGUAUUGUAUCUAAAGAAAACAUUGAGGUCAUUGCGGAAUGUGUUGGGAUCAAUAAUUUAUCCCCUGAUGUCGCAUUGGCAGUUGCUCCUGAUGUGGAAUAUCGUUUGCGGGAGAUCAUGCAGGAGGCCAUCAAAUGCAUGCGUCAUUCCAAGAGAACUACGUUGACAGCAGAUGAUGUUGAUGGUGCACUAAACCUGAGAAAUGUAGAGCCAAUGUAUGGCUUUGCCUCGGGAGGGCCCUUGCGAUUUAAAAGAGCCAUUGGACAUAGGGAUUUGUUUUACCUUGAGGACAAGGACCUGGAAUUUAAAGACGUUAUUGACGCCCCAUUGCCAAAAGCUCCUCUUGAUACAGCAGUUUCUUGCCAUUGGCUAGCAAUUGAAGGUGUACAGCCUGCAAUACCAGAAAAUGCUCCUGUAGAAGUAAUUUUACCACCUUCUGAUGCCAAAAGUAGUGAACAAAAGGAUGAAGUUCCAGUUGACAUCAAAUUACCAGUGAAGCAUAUACUUUCCAAGGAACUUCAGCUUUAUUUUGACAAAAUCACAGAGCUUGUUGUUAGUAGAUCCAGUACGGACCUUUUUAAGAAGGCAUUAGUGAGUUUAGCUACGGACUCCGGACUUCACCCAUUGGUUCCUUAUUUUACGUGCUAUAUAGCUGAUGAGGUUGCUCGUGGACUGGGUGAUUAUUCCCUUCUUUUUGCUUUGAUGCGUGUUGUUUGGAGUCUUCUUCAGAACCCUCAUAUCCACAUUGAACCAUAUCUACACCAAAUGAUGCCAUCUGUGGUGACCUGCCUCGUUGCGAAAAGGUUGGGGAAUAGAUUUUCAGACAACCAUUGGGAGCUUAGAGACUUCACGGCAAAAGUGGUUGCUUUAAUAUGUAAAAGGUUUGGUCACGUUUACAAUACUCUGCAGACAAAGCUCACAAAAACUCUUCUCAAUGCAUUUUUAGACCCAAAGCGGUCUUUGACUCAACAUUAUGGUGCAAUUCGAGGAUUAGCAGCCCUAGGGAUGAAUGUGGUUCAUCUUCUUAUACUACCAAAUCUUGAGCCAUAUCUGGGACUUCUGGAACCUGAGAUGCUUCUUGCUAGUCAAAAGAAUGAGAUGAAGAGGCAUGAAGCGUGGCGUGUUUAUGGAGCCUUGCUACGAGCCGUCGGUCAGUGCAUAUAUGAACGCGUCAAGAUUUUUCCUCCUUUGCCUAGUACGCCUGCAGGUUCUGUUUUGCGAACAAAUGCAAGGAUUAUCACCACCACUUUCCCAAACAAACGCAAGGCAAAUGCAGACUACUUAGAAGGGCAGCCUCCUCUCAAGAGGAUGUUAAUUGAUGGUCCAAUGGGGGUCAUGUUAACUAAUUCAUCGGCAUCACACAUGGAAGGAACAGUUGUUCCGGCUGCCUCUGGCAAUUCCAAUGUGGUUUCGCCUACAUCUUCAGGACAGAUGCAAAAUGAAACUAUAUCAUCAGGCAGCACUAGUAGAAAGGGGAAGCAUGAUGAUCAAAUUCUUAAAAGAUCAGCUGUUCUAUCUCAAGUCUGGAAGGAGGAUCUUAAUUCUGGAAAGUUGUUAACAUCUAUGUUAGAUUUGUUUGGUGAAAGUAUGUUCUGCUUCAUUCCUGCUCCUGAAUUGUCUCUGUUCUUAUAAUAACCAUCAUCCAUCUUCAAGUAGAAAACACUGUUCAUGUUGCUGUGGAAUUACGUGUAAGUUAAUGGCUACUAAUCUUUUGAAUCUAGAGGAAAUUUUUUUGACAAAAAGAAAAAUAAUAUUUCUUAUUUCAGUUAACAAAAACCUCACUCUUUCGAAUUGUUUCUUGAAUUUACUAAUACAGAGAGUUAAAGGUAACUUUACUCAAGCAGCCAUUAUUGCAGUUUCACGCUCAACAGCCUUCAUCAAGAAGCUGCCCUCUUCAAGCACCAUCUGAACAGGCAAGAAGCCAAUCCCAUUAGCCAUAGCUAGCAUCAUUCUUUUGAUCUCAGUCUUAUACGCAUCCAGAUCAACCAUUCCAUCUGAGUCACGAUCAAAUUGCAAAAACAGAGAACUAUAGACAGACGAAAGCUCAUCUGGAUCAAGCUUCUUAUCGUUCCCAAAAUCGGCUUCGAACACCCUAAGACUCUGUAACUCCUCCAGCAUCUCAUUAUAGGAAAGGAGACCAUCAUGGUUAGUGUCAAGGUGAGUGAAUCGAUCUCUUAUAUAGGCAUUAAAAGCUGCCUCAUCUUCAACAAAGUUGACAAUUGUGGUACUGUCCAAUAUUUCCACACUCAUUUUACCUAGUCCUGAUAUUUAGCUGAAUUAAAAGAGGAAAUUGGAAGGUAUAGGAAAAGAUUUGGAGUUGGGUUUUUGACGAGCAGAAGGUUGGCUCAGGUUUCGUCAUAUAAAUAGGUCUCAGGAGGGUUUAGUUCUCUUUUAGCCUUUUGUUUAUGCCACUGUUGAAGAUUCUUGGGGCCUAUCUUCAUUUGAUUUAAUGGAUGUGAGAAAGGAUGUUCAAAUGGAAUUUUGUACAAACACAUUAAUGAAUCAAAGUCAACAAGAGGAGAAGUCGGUGAA